AUGGAGGCCUAUACCCCUAUCCCAGAGGUCGAUCUGGCUUAUAAGACUCUGCAGACAACCUUUCGCAGCGGGCGUACCAAGGAGCUGGCCUGGCGGAAGUGGCAGCUGAAGCAGGUCUGGUGGCUCGUGGAAGACAACCAGCAACGCAUCAUCGAUGCCCUCAACAAGGACAUGAAUCGUCAUGCCUUCGAGACUACCUUCGCCGACUGUAUGACCGUCAAGACUGACGUGGUUGACCACCUCAAGAACAUCGACAACUGGGCCGCAGAUCAGCCCGUCGAUGCUAAUAUGGUUAUGAAAGCGUUGCUGCGGCCUUGCGUGAGGCCUGAGCCACUUGGCGUCGCCCUCAUCAUAGGGCCGUGGAACUUCCCCGUCUCCCUGGUCCUGCAGCCCAUGGUUGCUGCUAUUGCUGCUGGAUGUGCUGUCCUCAUCAAACCCUCCGAGGUUACCCUGGCCUGUCAGGCGUUGCUGGUCGAGCUGAUCCCCAAGUAUAUGGACCCCUCCGCGGUCCGGAUCGUGACUGGAGGCCCUGCAGAGACAACCGCACUUCUGGAACGCAAGUUUGACCACAUUUUCUUCACGGGAUCUGUCGGCGUUGCUCGCCAUGUCGCCCGUGCUGCAGCCAGACACCUUACACCCACGGUUCUCGAACUUGGUGGCCAGUGCCCGGCCAUCGUGACCAAAUCCGCAGACGUGGAUGCUGCUGCUCGUGAUAUUGCCUGGGCCAAGUACCUCAACUCCGGGCAGAUAUGUCUCUCUGUCAAUCAUGUGUUUGCCCAUCCGGAUAUCCAGGCGAAGCUCAUCGAGCGGAUGGCGUUCUACUUCGCUGAGUACGCGAAAAACGGGGCUGACGAGAUGACACACAUCGUCAACCAGAAGAAUUAUGAGCGACUGAAGGGUCUGAUUGAGAAGACCCAGGGCAAGAUAGAGUGUGGGGGGACCUUGGAAGCGUCAAAAAAUCGGAUCGCCCCGUCAGUUGUCUCUGGCGUUACGAUGGAUGACUCACUUCUAUCUGAGGAGUUGUUUGGAACCAUCUGUCCAGUUCUGACAGCAUCUACCGAGGAGGCUGUCACCGCCAUCAACGAUCUACCCCGCCCGCUGGCCAUCUACAUCUUCAGCAAGAACCAACGGGAAAUCAGCCACGUGAUUUCAUCUACGAUUUCCGGCGGCGUCACUGUAAACGGCACCAUCAUCCACUCCUCUGUUCCUAGCGCCCCGUUCGGCGGGGUCGGUGACUCAGGACAUGGAUACUACCAUGGAAAGCAUGGAUUCCAGGCCUUUACCCACUUGCGCACGAUUGCACGACCAGUCCCACUCUUUGGCAAGCUGACUUCUUUCCUGCGCCCGCCAUAUUCCGUCGAUCGUAUCAAGUGGAUAGGCGUGCGCCAAAACCUGGGUAUUCGGCGGGGUUGGACACUAGAUGAUGAGCGGCGUAUUGCACGCCAGGGAGGUCUGCUCCGCCUACCGGUUCGAUUUUUUCAAAUCUUAGCUUUUAUUGCUGCCCUAGGGCUGGUGGACCAUCAGAUGGCGGGACGGUUGGGAAUCGUACAGAGGCUGCAGGGCUUGACCGACUUUAUUCGAAAUUUCUUCUAG